AUUAUUCGUUUCGAAGGAAACAUUAUGGCGGACGCCUGUAUACACUUGGGCUUUUCAAAAAUCGUUUUCUAAGUUUAAUCGCGUGUUUAUAUUGAACUUUUUCGUAUAUUAUGGUGUAUUGUGUGUCCAAUUAACUAUUUAUUGUGGUUUUUGGAGAUUCCAUUGGAUAAUUGGUCCAAAUGGAAUGCUAUGAUGACAUGUUUUGUCUCAGUCAUUUAUGAACAGUCAUUAACCAAUCCACCAAUAUACAAGGUUAUUUUGGUGGUGUCUGCUUAGAUAAGAGCUUUACAUAGUGUGAUAGGUACAUAGGCAGAAGAGAUUGUUAACCUGCCACUGAAGGGAAAUUCUGGAAGGAGCCCUUACAAGCAUAAUCGCAAUUUGGUGAUUAAUCUUAGAUCAUCUAAAACAAUUAAAGCUGAGCAGCAGCCUUUACCUGAUGUCGGAGCAACAGGGACUUCUCCCACCACACAUUCCAACAUGAAAACUAAGCAGUCCAAGGAGGAGUCUGACAAGAGCAUCGAUGAGGACACUGUAAUAGAACCCAAGACUCGAGCUCGCAAGAAAGCCUCAGACUUAAAUGAAGAUGACAAAAACAAACCUACUCAGGAAGAACCCAAAACAUCCAAAGACACCAAGAAACCUGUAAAUAAACCCAAAGCGGUAGUGAAGAAACGGCCCCUGGGCAUCAGAAAGACCCUUAGGGGCAAAAAACCUGUGGCAAUCAAGGAUAAGAUAAAAACAAUUGUCAAACAAACAGCCAAAAGAGGAAGAAAACCAGCUGUGAAGCCGGAUCCUGAUAGUUCAGGAGACAAGACAACAAUCCCUUUGAUUCCUGCAUCGGAAAUAAAAAAGGAGCCAAUUGAAGAAGUGACUUCUAAUUCUAGGUCAUCCAGCCCUAAAACAGCUGGUCGUAGACAAAGACUCAGUUCAGAUAUGAUUAUGAUGAAAUCUGUACUUGCCGACUCACCUACCAGCCUAGUGCUUGGACCACGCACAAGCCCAUAUUCCAUGCGCUCUGAAAGAAGCAAUAGUCCAUUGCUCACUGAUGCCAAAAAUCUUCGAAGUGGGAAGCCUAGAAAAGUAAAAAAUAAUUUAUUAAAUGAAGUUGUAAUGAAAGAGCAAAAGAAGCGAAGACGUCUUCUAUCAGAUUCAAAGGCUGCAGAUGCUUCUGAUAAUACUGAUGAAUGCAAAAAGCUAAAAAGGGGUCGCUCUUGCUCUCGGGAUGGCAGUGAAAUUUCAAAAAGCUCAGAUGUCACUGAAUCUGACAUAAGUCUAAAUGAAACCUUUAAUGACAGUGAUGGUAAGGAACUCAACAAAAAAUUAGAUAAAUCUAAGACUGACCUAGAUGUAGAUAUUGAAAGUAAUGUACAGAUCUCGACAACUGAAAAAGUGCCUUCUCUUAAUGUUGACUCCAAUAUAGCCGAAACCAAGCAGAAUGCGGAACCUAGCUGCCUAGCAAAUAAAAAGAAUAAUAAGGAAAAAUUGAGCUUAAAAAGAAGUACUUCAUUAGAUUCUGACAACAAUAAUAGUAAUAGAAUAAAAUUAAAUUCAUCUGACAUGGAAGAAAAAAUUUUAAAGACUGAAACUGAUACGCUUUUUAAAGCCCGUAGUAGUAUAUUGACUAGUAUGUCCAAAACUUUUAAUUCAAAAGAAAUGUCAAAAAAUAUUCGAAAAGCACGGAGAGGGCGGAAAGCUAUGGCAGCAUCUCGCACCAAUUCCACUUGUUCAAACACUUCUCCAAUCAAAGCCUGCACAACCAGCAAUAUAAAUAGCGAUGCAGCUGAUGACAAAGGCGAAACUAUUGAGACUUUAUCUAAAGAGAUUGAUGAUCUCAUUAAUGAUCUGGACCAACAUAUAGACAAAGAUGUUGAGGAAAUGUCUACAUCAACUCUAGCUGAAAACACACCUGAACAAUUACAGGCAAAAACGGUUUCAAAAUUCUAUGGAUUAUCCAAGCCAUUAGGGGAUAAUAAUAGUAUAGCAACUCCUGAUACACCAAUAAAAGAUAAAGAAUCUGUUACUUCUCUGACCAAUGAAACUACACCAUCUAAGACUGAUGAUAGUGAGAAUAUUAGACUUCAUUAUGAGGAUUCUGCUGAAAAAUCAACAGAUGGUAGCAAAAUUGAAAUACCAUUUAAAUGCAAACCAGUAGUAGCAAGUAUAGACAAAUUAAUGGAUAGACUGAAAGAAUUUGAGGAAUUUGAUAAGAAAAGACAGAGACAGGAAUCCGAAUCAAAGUCAAAUGAAAGCAAACCUAUGAUGGUUACAAAUGAUGUUGUAUUGAUCACUAAAUCUGGUGCCGACAUAAAACCAUUGAAAGACAUUCAAUCUGUUCGAUCUCCUGAGAGGCCAAUUGAGAAAGAAAAUGUUCUCAGUUGUUUUGAAAAUAAUUCCGCUAUUUCAAUUGUCAAAAGAGACCAAGUAAGAAAAUCAACAGAUGUUGACCUUCCAAACUCUGUUACAUUAAUUAAGAGGAACAGUAUCAGCGCGCGCAAAGAAUCCACAAGCUCCAACCAUUCAAAGGAAUCUGAUGCUAUCAGCAUAUUUGAGAAAUCUCUAGGCAAAGAUGUGACUUUAACUGAAAUAAAGAAAUCUGUAGAUAAAUCUGCUCCAAUUACGCAAGUGGAUAUACAUCAAUAUGCGACCUUGCAACCAAACCAGAAUCAAAGCUUAGCAGGAGUUGUCAUAGACUCCAAUCAAAUAUCCAUACUCCCACGGAUGGUCAAUGAUGCUAAGAUCAAUAGCGGUAACGAUAUUAAAGUAAUAACUAAACGCAAAUCUAGAGAAUCGUUGUCAAGUAAAUCUGCAGAAACUACUUCCGAUCCUAAUGAUGAAAAAAUGGCCACAUUAGAAAAAAUUAAGUCACCACAGCACCCAAUGAGUUCAGCAGCAAUUUCAAUUACUCCUGCCCCAGUCGCUAUGAAGUCUGAAGAAAUGCAGCCAUUAGAAGCAGAAGCACUGCCCCCACCUCAAGUGGAACCAAAAUCGGUGUCCGAAGACACAUCUAUGACAACAGAACUCUCAAAAACUGAUAGCACCGACAUGACCAGCGUUACUGUAAUUGAUACUGAAGAGCCUGUGGCAAUCAAUGUUCUGCCGACAGUGUCUGUUAAAGGUGAAAGGAAAAACGAAACUGUAACAACCACUGAAGCAACUACAGUUGAAAAAAUGAGUGUUGAUGAGAAAUCCAUUGAGACUGAUGUUAAACCUGAAGCCAAGGCUAAAGAAGGCACAGAAAAGACAGCAGAAAUAACUAGUAUAAUACCUGAAAUGCUCAAGACUCCCGAAAUCGCAAAAAUUGUAAAGGCUAGGAGCAAAUCGGCUCGCAAUUCAAUCGAAAGUCAGCCAGGACCAAGCAAUAUUUUGCACGAAUCACCGGAAAGUCGGGAACGCAAAGAAGCAAUAUUGCGGACACUUGGUCUAUUGACACACAAGGCGGCGAAAGAGGCUAAGAUAGAAAAGCAAAAAGAAAAAGAACGUAUUUACAAUAGUAAUAAGAAUAAGACUAGUAAGGCGGGAUCAGGUGAUUAUACGGGGACUUUGAAGACUGUGAUUAAGUUGAAUCGUACCUCGGGAGAAAGAGAUAAGAAGAAGUAUAGGAGUUCGCUGAAGAUGACCUUCCAGAAGAGUAAGCACCGCUCCGGGAAGUCCGCGCCGGAGGGCGAGGCCGCAGAGGAGGAAGCCGCCUACUACACCAUUGAAAAGCGUGAGAGCGGCGCCGGCGCAACAUCCGAUGGUGGGCACAGAAAGUCACAUUACAGUAAUCGCCUUAACAGCCAUGACCCAGAAGCCGCCCCGGAGCCCGUCGAGCCCAAAGAGACCCUAAACCUGGUGAUACCAGAGAAGGCGUCGUCGUUCAGCAUCCACCCUGGGCGGCUGUGCAUGGACCAGUGCUUCUACUGCGGCGGCAAGUUCGGCCUGUUCGACACGCCAUGCCAUAUCGCGCAGAUGAAGAGCUCAGAUAGACAGAAAAAAGUUUUGGAUAACGAGGAGAAGCUGACGAUAGACAGCUGCCUGUGCGACGCGUGCUACCGGCACGUGGACCGGCGCGCCAACUGCCCGUCCUACCGCAAGCGGCCGCUCGCCAAGCCCAACGACGCCCUGCUGCCCUCCCCAACACCGCCCGCUCAACCAGAGAAGCAGCCAAGCCCGCCAAUGGAGGAGGAGAGCGACGAAGACGGAGCGCCGUCGUUGGCCAGCGGGCGGCCCGCCACGUGUCACACGGAGGGCUGCAGCAGCCUGGCGGACAACUCCAUCAGGAGGAAGUGGCUCAUCAAGAUGAGGAACAGUGUCAACAAAGUGCUGAAGCUGAAAUGCGACUACCCCGGGCUGCACACGAUCCCGCUGUGCGGCGCGCACUACCGCUCGCUGUCGCCGCUCAUGUCGUGCGUGCUGUGUCGCCGCAGGAUCACCAAACUGCACAACGUGCACUUCAUACACCACGGCUACGCGGAGCUGAACCCGCUGCUGGCGGCGGCGGGCGUGCCGGCGCAGUUCCGCGAGCGGCCGCUGCUGUGCAAGGUGUGCCGCGCCUACUGCUCGCUGCUGCAGCGCGCCGGCCGCGCCGCGCUCGCCGACCCGCAGGCGCGCGGCUACACGCGCAAGUUACUUGAAAUAUACAACAUAGAAGCACCACCAGAGUCGGAAAAUGAUGCAGACGAAGCCAAGAUGAUACAAGAGGAAGCCAACGCCAGCUUCAAGCAGAAGAAGAAACAGCGCACCAAGUCCAAACAGAGAAAGUCCACAGAACCAGAAAAAGGUGAUAGCGAGUCUUCAGAAAGAACCACUCCUCACGAUGAAGGUUCUCCUGAAAAGGCCAAAGAAGACAGCAAUGAUGGACAGAAACCUAUAACUAUUGAACAAAAAGCAGUGACAGUAGAACAGAAGAUGGUACAACCAUUAGAAGAAGAUAUUGAAAGUCUCAUAUCUUCAAACAAAAUAUUAGUACCAGGAGCUGUGAAACCACCGGAACCAACGCACAGUGAUGAAUCAGACGUUUACGACUUUGAAGCUCCUAUAUUAGAUAAGCAGACUGAAUUACAGUACUUACUACAGAAACAGAACAAUCCUGCGCAGUUCCUGCAGAAGCCUGCGAAUUUGACGCAGAAACAACGCAAUAUCAUGAAGCUACAGACUUCGGGCAUCAUCAAGCCGGCCCAACAACACAGGAUCAAUGAGAAGAAUGCUAAGAAAAUCCACAAAUUGGGCCACAUUAUUGCGCACAAAGAAAAACAGAACAGGAAGGAACAGGAAUUGCAAAUAUUUGAUCCCGAUAAGGGUACCCCUCAGGAUAACAUCCCUCUUCUUAAAAAUAUAUCUCUGAACGACGAGUGUACUAUAGAGAGUAUACCGAACAAGAAACCAGCGGAUAUAAAUACGUUAAAGAAUAAAUGGCAAAUGUCAGAAAGCUUUACUCAAGUGAAGAAAAAUCUGAGUGAAUUGUCAAAGAAGUUGAGUACUGAUAAGGAGCCUAGCACUAAGAAAGCUUCUGAUGCCAAAUACUCCAAUCCAGUAAAGAGGUUGGAGACAAAUCCUUCUAUAUCUGUCAGGGAAUUGUUCCCUGGCGAAGAAGAAAUGAACUUACAUUGUAAUAUUGAUUUCAACAACGUCAAGGGUGUGACGCCCGAAGGCUGGGAGAAGUGCCACUCGACAAUCCAAUACGACGUGGAAACUAAAAGGCUGUGGAAUGAAUUGCAAAGGCCGUACGGAAACCAGUCGAGCUUCAUGCGGCAUCUGAUCUUACUGGAGAAAUACUUCAGAAGUGGCGAUUUAGUUUUGUCUCACAACGCGACGCCCCACGCGGCUAACUACAGCGAUUCUGUUCAAAGUAGAUUGCGGGCUUACGACAACGUGGUGAACGACACGCCGCGACGGAGUGAGCCGGUUAUCUCGCUGAUGGAGUUCCGCAAGAAACCGUCGCAGAACGGCAAGAGUUUGCUAAAGACCAGUCAGAGUUCAGAAGGUGACAAGGAUCCCAAAAAGUUUAUGCCGCCUCCCGGGACGUUCCCGAAGCCUAAAACCUCUAAAGAUAAGUCCAAAUCCAAACCGUUGCCCCCAGAAUUAAUAGCAAUAAAUACGCCUAACGCUCAAGGCAGGAAAGCUAUACAGAAUGUUUUGCAGAAUAUUCAACAGUUAGUUAAAGAUGUGUCUGCUUCGGACCCCACAGAAGUUGCGGCGGCCCCAUUGCCUGUACCUAAAUUCGACCCCCCUAAAUAUGAACCACCGAAAUUUGAGUCGGCAAAAUUGGAUUCUCCGAAGGUAGACCCGCCUAAAGAGAAGAAGGACUCUCCUAAAAGUGACACUCCGAAACGACAAAAAACAAAGAGCAAACCGUGGAGGCCCACCCUCAUGCCGAUCACACCGGAAAACAUAGCCAAAGCAGCGAGUGAACCCCCGCAAGUAGCGGUUGACGGACGACUGCUCCCCAGUUUGGUGCAAGUGAAAACCAACCAGAAACGAUACCACAUCACACUGCAGGACUACAAUAAGAUGUGUCUCAUACGCAGGGAGAAAAUGAAGCUGCUUCAAGAUGGAGACCCCAAAGCUAAGGGACCCUCCACAGAGGAAAAAACAGUGGUCACAGAAAUACAGCCGUCAGCGAUACUCGGCAACGGCGGCACCCUCGUGCAGAACAUAAUAGCAGAAGACAAGCAGCAAGAGAAGAAGGAAAUGCCCGAGCUCGGACAAAUUAGUUCCAAUGCGGCCACCAUACUCAAGAAUGUCGGCCUGAAGAACAUCACCAUCGCUCCUAUCCCUCCGAAGACUGCCACGGUGACGUCACAAACGAUCGCCUCGCCGGUCGUGUCGUCCCCGUCUUUACUAGUGACAACGAUGCCGAAGUUGCCACAACUGGGGCCAUCUGUUUCAAUAACCACCGAAGCAGUUCUGACCCCAAACCUGCCCAUAAUGUCGUCGAGCCAUAUGAUAAUGCCGAAGAUACCGAAAUCACUGACGGUGAUUCCGCAGACGGUGAUGACGAGUGUUCCACAGAGCGCAGUCGUGAGCCCCGCACAGAGCGCGGAAGGCCCGCGCCCAUAACGAAGCCUGAUCUUCGUGGUCGUCUAGCGACGGCCGCCCGUGACCGCUGCACGCCCCUAGCCUCCAGGCCGUAGUCCCGCACCUCAAGGGUCCCGCAGUGUAGUGUAGUCACGCCAGACUCUGAACUGUUCCCAUUAAGUUAUUAAUAUAUCCCUAUUUUCGUAAAGCUUGUGUUAGUGAGAAACGCCUCAGUGUAUGGAACAAUGUGAAGUGAGAUAUGCAAUAUGCUAAGUGAGACACCGGUUGAGCCUUAAUAAUUAUAUACUGUGUAUAUACUAGUGUAGGAAGUUGGACAUACAGCGCUGUGAAUAAUGGUGAAAAGGAUUGUGUUGAAUAUAUUAUUUCAAUUAUUAGAUUUUUUAUUUAUGCAAAUGAUACGACGUUGAGAGGCCCUGCCUUUAUAUAUUUUCCCAGACAUAAAGCGAAUAGUUGGAAUAAGGGUAAAUAUAUAACUAAGAAAAGCUGUCUAGGUAGAUAUUAACUUAGCAUAAGAUAUAGGAUAGCUUUCUUGUAAACAUAAGAUACUUGUUAUUGCAAAUACAUGAAUUACAAUCUGUCUUUCAAUUUAAUAAAAUGAAUAAUUAAACUAUUAACUCCAUUUGAAAUUGACUUGGACAUGGGAAGGUUUCUAAAUUCUCUAGUCAGGUUUGAGUAUGCAUUUAUAAUUUAUUUAUACGUGUUCGCUUCUACGCCUCGUAUCAUUUGCGUGAACGUAGACAAUUUACUGUAAUGUAUACAAUUGUAUAGUAUAAAACUGCAGUUGGAAUAUCUGAAUAUUUUUCCAUCAUGUAAUUUUGAAGAUAAGAAUAAACUAAGAACUAAUUACACAAUGUUCAUAGCAUAGAGCACCUUACUACCAAAAACCGCGUUUUCCUAUUCCUGUGCUUUCCAUAAUGUGAUGCCUAAACAUAAACUUAAAUCUAAAAUAAAAUUAUGUUCCUUUUAAGCAAAACUCCUUUAUUGUCCUAAGUAGAAGUAAUACAUUGUCCCUUAAAGUAAAAAUAAGGCACUACCAAACCUUAAAAUGAAAUAUCUUUUAUAAGUCCUUUAGUAAUAUCAGUUUGUGGCCAAUUCAUGCACAGUUUAAGCGUCAAAUAAAAUUAGAAUAUUGCUAAAAAAACAAACCAAACAAUAUAACAAAUGAGUGUUUUGAAAAAUUUGCAUGAUUUUAUGUCCAGAAAAAUUAACAUCGUCUGCGAAUUAAAGUUUAAUUUCAUAUGCCAGGAAGACGCUAAGCGCUUCGAUGCCGCGCGAGCAUGAAUUUGGCCUAAUGUCAAACACCGAUAUGCUUAAUUGUGCCUACCGAACAAAAGUUACAUAAAAUAUCGUUUUGCGAAGAUAACUGUACAUAUUUUGAACAUGGAAAGUACCGACACUAUUCCUUAAAGCUCAUGUUAAAAAUCGUAUGUUAAAAUACAAUAUUAUAUAUCUAUUGUUGAGAAUUACUAGUAUUUUAUUUUGGUCCAAUAAUGAUAUAAUAUAGAAUAUGGUCCAAUGUUAACAUUUAGAUGUUGUACAGAAAUAUUAUAUUUGUUAAGGUGAUGUACUCGGGGAAUAUAAUGCUCAUCAAUCACGCAGGUGAAGUUAUUAUCACGCACUUGGGGGGAGAGCAUCGCCUUAACAGAUCAAUUUGAAUGUUAUGAUACUGCUAGUAUUUUAGUAUUUGGAAGUUUCACGCGUUGUUUCUGUUUCGGUCAGUUCGUGGACAUUGCUCACUUGUUUUGAACAAAUUGUAGGCCCUCAUAGCCCGGAUGUUUAGUUUCUUCCAAAGAUAGUGUGUUAGUUUACAAUAUUAUUUUUUAGUUUUAUGUUCGGCACACAGUGUUGUGUGCCGGAGGUAUGUAUUUGUCUAAUAAACAUAUCCUUAUCUCCAGA